CAAGGUAUAAAAAUAAUCAUGGCAGCAAGAAGAAUAAUGAUGAUUAUGAUGAUGAUAAUAGCGAUAAUGGGUGUGAUAGAUAGCAUCCCCAUGCCCACAUCUAUGGAUCACAGUUUCUCAAACGUCCACACCACCACCACCACCCACGCCCGCCACGGCCACCUCCUGCACGGGAUGUUGGGUGACCUAGAGUCAUAUGUGUUUGAUGAUGUGGUAGAGUUCUUGUUCCAGCAGCUAGGAGAGGAGCUGCCCCAAGCCAGGAGAAGCCACUACGACAGUGGAGACUACUACCCCCUGCCGUCAGAAUAUUCCAAGCGCAGGGACACGGACCAGUCUUGUAUAGCCAUCACGGGAUAUAUAGACAGCAGCAUCAUCUGCCUAAACAUAUUCACCGCUCUGUCCGUCGCUGGUCUGGCUCUCCUAAUGCAGUUCCUCUUCUAUGCGUGUGUGUCUAACCUCUGUCCAGAUGUUAAAAGUCAAAUAACUAUAAACAGUAAUGGUACGAGUGGUACAAGCGGCGGUGGUAACGUACCUAACAUCAGUAAUGUCAUCACUAUCGACACUUCUAACACUGUUUCAGUGCAGCAGAAUGACGAUUUUGACAUUUCUUUUCCUCCUAUUCGUUUUAGGAACAGGGAUGAUUUAGUUCAGGAAAAUGGGGAAAGGAGUAACCUGGACGUGGAUGCAAAUCUGGAUGAGGAUGGCAACAGUAAUGACGAUCUUCGUGCUACAGAAGCUAAGAAGAAUGAACAAAGUAGAAAAGGAAACAGUAGAUUUAAGCUGACUAUAAAUGGUGAAGACCAAGAGGAUGAGAAUGGUGACGGAAUAUACACGUAUGAACGAAGAGAAGUACUGCGGAAACAAACGCAGGAACAGAAUAAGAAAGAAACAAAUACGGAAACACUAGACCAAUAUGACAUGCAAAAGCCUAAAGACAAGGAAGGAGGAAGGAGCUUCACUAUGCAUAUCUCGCAUGACACUUUCAUAGGAAGGCUCUUGUCAUGGGGUAACUGGAGUCUCUCCUUGCCUUCCCUGCGAUACAACACAAACCUCUGUCCAAUGUUGGCUCGCUAUGUCCAACGCUAAGAGGCUCCAUGUAGUGAAAGACAAUGCGCAAUUGGUUUGCUCUAGAAAUAAUUAAAACCACUAAUAUACAUAGCUUGUUACAGUCAAACUUCUCAUAAUAUGUAGGUAGGAAAACCUAUUUUCGUUAGUCUAAAAAAUAAUUGUAUACGUGUCAUGAAGUGUGUAGCAUUAAUUACAAGUAACUGACUGAAGCUCAUAUUUACUUAUUUUGAAAUACAGACAAAACCUGUUUUGUAUUUCCACCAAAACUUUCAUUGAAUUUUAAGGUACCGAAUUAUUCAAAUAAAAUGCCUUAUCUUAUACUCAAAUAAUAGUUUACAUAUUAAUGAAAUAUAUUUCCUACAUAUUUCAAAACAAGACAAGAGAGAGCUUCAGUCAGUGGUGGUAUUAUCGUGCUUUGGUCUGCAUUCUAUACACUAGUUCCAUCUUUUCUUCUUUUAUUCUCUAUCAGUCAUAUUCGUAAACUUCAAAAUCAUGGACGAUGUGACUAUCCAAUAUACAGCAAGAGAGAGAGAGAGAGAGAGAGAGAGAGAGAUGGAAGGUAAGGGGGCACACCAGCAGCAGAAGUAGUAUCAUAAUUAUAACAAGAUAAUAAUCUGGCAACAAGUAACAAGACAACAGAACAAGAUAAAACUCACUCACGCACAUAUGUCUUGUCAGAUCCUCCACCAUCAGCAGUAAUGAGGGACACAAACACGCAACACAGACACUGCUAGGUAACGCGUUCCACACGUGUAUUCCAUCCGCCGUAGUAUGGUGUGGGAGUCUGUCAAGUACAAUACCUGUUGUUAGCCUGAAUGAUAAGCUAGACAGAAGGAAGUGGACGACAAAAUUAUACAGAUGAAAAUAUGUGCCGUGUUUUUUAGAAAAGUUAGAACAGUUGUUACGUUAGGUUAGGCUAUGAAAUGAGUGGUUAGGUAAAGUUUAAGCAAGGCUGAGUCGCUUUAGGUGUCGUAAAGUAAGAUUAUGUACUGACUUUAGUGAGGUUAGACUGGAAUUAGUUAAGAUAAAAAUAAGACAAGAGGAUGAAUGUUUACAUAUGGUGGUUAAGCCAAAAAAAAAAAAAAAAAGAAAUAACAUCGUAUAUAAAGCUGUAAAAGAAGAAUAGGUUACAAAUACAAUACAAUUAUGUUCUUCUAUAAGUCAGUAGAGUAUAUUUGAA